AUGGCUGAGGCAAUUGCUGGUUUUGAGGGUUGCAAAUGGGCAUAUGAGCUGGGCUUAUCAGAGGUUUGCUUUGAAUCUGACUCCAAAGAACUGAUCGAGAGCGUGAAAGGAAACAUAAAGCGUGGAAGAUGGAACCUCUAUCCACUUCUAUCAAGGAUCCGUGAAUGCAACUCCAAUUUCUCAAACUGUAAUUGGGUUUGGACCAGUAGAAAAAACAAUGAAGCGGCAGAUCACCUUGCGUCGCUGGCACUAUCGAGGUCGAGUCCGGAAGUCUGGGUAUCCAGGCCCCCCACCUCUCUUGUGCAUAUCUUAAACCGUGACGGCCUUCCCUGCCCUCCUUCAGCCUCCACAUAG